UUGCGAUCAAACGAAAUAUUGAUGUUUCGUGUGCCUAGGCGAUAGUUUGACUUAUAAAAAACAAAUUGGAUUGACAGUGUAUAUACUAUCAAAUAAUGCGACGUUAUCUCGAGAUAUUGAGGAUUUGAUCAUCCUAAGUACUCUUUCAUAUUAACUUUAAACAGUUAUUAUCCUCUCAAUAUUCACGUCCAAUACUAAUGAGAUUAUUGACGUCAUGGUACGUGAAUGGCGCGUAAUUAGUUCGAUAUGAUUCCUACGAACAACAUGUAAAAUAUAACGUUCGUCAAACCAAAUCUUAUGAUGCUUACUAUGUCGGUUUAAUUAAUAGUAUUAUAUAUAUUUAACACAAAUUGUUAAUAAGAUAUAUACUGAACACAAAUUGUCAAUAAUUAAACUUACUGAUAAUGGUUAUAGAUAUUUACCUUUAUCACUACAAGCGAAAAUCUAUGAUAAAGGUAAUUUAGCAUCUUCGAAAACUCUUCAACUAAACUAUAUAUAUAGAGAGCGACAUUCCCUUGCUUUCCAAGUUUGAAAAAAACAAACCUUUCUUUGCAUCUCUCCUACGAUGGCUCAUCUACGUUCACAUGCUAUUAAAAAGAGAAUUGGUAAGAGAGAGUGUCUGUUUGAUGUUUCUGCUCUGAAUCCUUAUAUUCAUGAGUGGAAAAUUAAAGUCAAAAUUUUAAGAAAGUUCACAUGUCCUUUCACUUGAUACAAGACCAUUGAUUUGAUCUUAGUUGAUAACAAGGUAUUUUUUCUACAUCAUAAUAUAAUUUUUUACCUUUAUAUAUGUUAAUAUACUGACUAAUUAAAAAGAUACAUAUAUAUCUACAUAUAUAGGGUCAGAAAAUACAUGCCGCUAUGGGUAUUGAAUUCGAAGACAUCUUCUCUAUGAGACUGACAGAAAUAUCAUGGAUAAGUUUGUCGAGUUUCUCUCUCAGUCGCGUGAUUGGAACAUUUAGGCCUACCGAUCAUCGUUUUAUGAUACACUGGAAAUCGACGACUUGGUUUAGGAAUAUCCAACCUAUGAGUUAUGACAAUUUCUUCAAGUUUGCCUCUUUUGAAGAUAUUAAAAGCGGCUCUUUGGACACAAAUAUAUGCGUCGAUCUGAUUGGAAGGGUUGUGGCCGUAGGGAAUCGGAAUGAAGAAGGACCUCCUGACAAUGAAUGGAAUGAGAUUUUUUUCGACAUCGAAAACAUCGACUUACCGCGCAAGGCGCGGAUACCUGCCCUAAUAUAGAGGUAAAAGGAUAAGUGCACAACGAUGAACUCCACACAAAUUAUAUAACAUUUAUCACAUGUACGCAGUACGUAUCAUUUUUUUACUUUGUGAAUUUCUUAAAAAUUUGGGCUUAGCAAGUUAAAUCAAUUAUCAACUAACACAUCUUAUACCAAAAUCUGAAACGCAAAAUACU